GCCGCCGCCGCCGCCCGGGCACCCGCCCCCGGCCCCGGCCCCGCGGGGCCUCCCGCCCCCACCCAGGGGGCGUCGCCGCCGCCGUCGCCGCGGCGCUCCGCGGCCCGCAAGGCGCCUUCCUUCCCUUCCUCCCUCCCGCCGGCCGGGGUGCGCGGGCGGCGGGGCGGCCCGCGGGCCAUGCGUUCGGCGCGGCCCAGCCCGGCCGGCCGGGGGCGGCGCCCCGAGCCCGGGCCCCGCGCGGCCCGCGCCCCCGGCCCCCGCUGAGCCCCGGGGGCCCCGCUGAGGCAGAGGCCAUGUUCCCGGUGUUUCCUUGCACGCUGCUGGCCCCCCCCUUCCCCGUGCUGGGCCUGGACUCCCGGGGGGUGGGCGGCCUCAUGAACUCCUUCCCGCCACCUCAGGGUCACGCCCAGAACCCCCUGCAGGUCGGGGCUGAGCUCCAGUCCCGCUUCUUUGCCUCCCAGGGCUGCGCCCAGAGUCCAUUCCAGGCCGCGCCAGCGCCCCCGCCCACGCCCCAGGCCCCGGCGGCCGAGCCCCUCCAGGUGGACUUGCUCCCCGUGCUCGCCGCCGCCCAGGAGUCUGCCGCGGCUGCUGCGGCCGCUGCCGCCGCUGCUGCCGCCGUCGCUGCCGCGCCCCCGGCCCCUGCCGCCGCCUCCACGGUGGACACAGCGGCCCUGAAGCAGCCUCCGGCGCCCCCUCCGCCACCCCCGCCCGUGUCGGCGCCCGCGGCCGAGGCCGCGCCCCCCGCCUCCGCCGCCACUAUCGCCGCGGCGGCGGCCACCGCCGUCGUAGCCCCAACCUCGACGGUCGCCGUGGCCCCGGUCGCUUCUGCCUUGGAAAAGAAGACAAAGAGCAAGGGGCCCUACAUCUGCGCUCUGUGCGCCAAGGAGUUCAAGAACGGCUACAAUCUCCGGAGGCACGAAGCCAUCCACACGGGAGCCAAGGCCGGCCGGGUCCCCUCGGGUGCUAUGAAGAUGCCCACCAUGGUGCCCCUGAGUCUCCUGAGCGUGCCCCAGCUGAGCGGAGCCGGCGGGGGAGGGGGAGAGGCGGGUGCCGGCGGCGGCGCUGCCGCAGUGGCCGCCGGUGGCGUGGUGACCACGACCGCCUCGGGGAAGCGCAUCCGGAAGAACCACGCCUGCGAGAUGUGUGGCAAGGCCUUCCGCGACGUCUACCACCUGAACCGACACAAGCUGUCGCACUCGGACGAGAAGCCCUACCAGUGCCCGGUGUGCCAGCAGCGCUUCAAGCGCAAGGACCGCAUGAGCUACCACGUGCGCUCACAUGACGGCGCUGUGCACAAGCCCUACAACUGCUCCCACUGUGGCAAGAGCUUCUCCCGGCCGGAUCACCUCAACAGUCACGUCAGACAAGUGCACUCAACAGAACGGCCCUUCAAAUGUGAGAAAUGUGAGGCAGCUUUCGCCACGAAGGAUCGGCUGCGGGCGCACACAGUACGACACGAGGAGAAAGUGCCAUGUCACGUGUGUGGCAAGAUGCUGAGCUCGGCUUAUAUUUCGGACCACAUGAAGGUGCACAGCCAGGGCCCUCACCAUGUCUGUGAGCUCUGCAACAAAGGUACUGGUGAGGUUUGUCCAAUGGCGGCGGCAGCGGCGGCGGCAGCAGCAGCAGCAGCAGUAGCAGCCCCUCCCACAGCUGUGGGCUCCCUCUCGGGGGCGGAGGGGGUGCCUGUGAGCUCUCAGCCACUUCCCUCCCAACCCUGGUGAGCUCCAAGUUGGUUGCGGGGGAGAGGGGAGAAUGGAGUAGAGUCCCUUGGUACAGGCUCCUCUCCCCCCUCUUUUCCCACCAACUCCUAUUUCCCCACCAACCAAGAAGCCUCCAGAAGGAAAGGAGGAAGAAAUGUUUUCUUAGGGGAAUUCGCUAGGUUUUAACGAUUUGUUUCUCCUGCUCCUCUCUUCUAUCAGACCUGACCCCACACAAACCUGUCCCCUCGGUUGUGUUGAAGUCCCCUGGACAGUGGGCAGGGGUGGCAGAGGACACGAGCAGCCACUGCCCGUACCCCCUCUCCUCUCUGUAAGCCCAUGCCCUGUCUUCCCAGGGACUUGUGAGCCUCUUCCUCGACGGUCCUCUUCUCUCCUUCCAGUCCUCUCCCCCUGCUGUCUGCAGCCCCUCCCCGGGGAGUUGGUGCUUUCUUUUCCUUUUUUUUUUUUUUUUUUCCAGGGGGAGGGAGGAGAGGAAGGAGGGGGAUCAGAGCUGUCCCAGAGAGGGAAAGCGGUGAGGUUUGAGGAGGGGCAGAAGCAGGGCCGGCAAAGGUUGUACCUUCAUAAGGUGGUAUGGGGGUUUGGGGUCAGGCCCUGAACAUCGUCCUACUUGAGAAUCUGUCAGGGGAAAAAGUCAAGGGGAGCAGGAGGAGCCAGGAGGGCCAGAGGCAGAGAAGAGAUGGAGUCUUAGGGGCCAGGGUGAGCGAGGGGUCCAGGGCCUAGAGGUGCUUCCUGGGGGUGGGGGAAUGCAGCCAGUGUCCCCCUCCCCUCUUCCACCCCAGCUCCAGCCCUGGUCUUGUCUUUUCAUCCCUCUUCCCCACGACAGAAGAAGUUGUGGCCCUGGCCAUGUCAUCGUGUUCCUGUGUCCCCUGCAUGUACCCCACUCUCCACCCCUUCCUUUUGCGCGGACCCCAUUACAAUAAAUUUUAAAUAAAAUCCUG